AUGCUGCUAACAAAUACGCCUAAUUAUGUUCAAAGGAUAGCCUGUGAUCCUUGGAAUGGUUUCAUUUAUUAUUCCACUAAUGUUGGGGAUGUUUUUUCAAUGCAUCUAUUCCCAGUAGAUGCCCCUCAAAAUUUUUCUCAGACCAUUACCCGACGUAUAUCUGAUAUUCCUGCUGCUAAUACUGUUCAAGUUGAUGUUAGUGAUCAGAAAUUGUUUGUAGUUACAAAAUCUGGGCAUUUGAUGAGUUGGGAUCUAGUAGAUUCCAAUAUUCAUGACGAACGUGAGGGUUGGACAUUAAAUGAUCGUUAUCGAAAUGUUAUACGUUCAACAUUUUAUCAGAAUCGCCUUUUCUGGAUCAGCACAAGCUGUGGGGAUUCACAUCCCUGGGAAAGCUGUUUAUUUAGUGAGGAGUUUGAACACCAACACAAAACGAUUCAUUUAAAUAAAUAUCUAUUUGCUGGCCCAGUGCGCGAAUUUACUUUACUCAAACCUUUCCCCAAGCUUCCCUUCAUGUUUCCCCCACAUAAGGUUGGAUUAAUUCUGUUUGAUACUGAAGCCUUUAUUAGCUGGAAAUCACCUAGUUUUCUGCCUUUUCAAGCGAUAGGAACCUCAUGGCGUUCACUCACUUAUGAAUAUAUUUUACAAAAUGACGAGGAUUAUUUUACAAAAAUUAAUUUGGAUAGUCCAAGUGACUUGGAUAAUUCUACAGAGAUUAAUGAUAAUAAAACUGAUAGUUCUAGCAAUUUAUCGGAGUUAAUAACAAAGAUAUAUGCAAAAGGAUUUACUCAGGACACCCAUUCACCUGCAAUACAGCUUGAAAGUAAUGUUCCUUCCGGAGGCUAUUAUACUGCAAAAGUUAGAGUAUGCACCGCAAAUAAUAAUAAAAUAUGCUCAGCUCAAAUUACCGCCAAAAGUCAGCCUCUAAAAUUAGCUCAAUCACACAAGCAAAUCUCACUUUUAAAUAAACGGAUAUCCUCCUCACCAACAACAGAUAUGUUAACUUUACAUUCUUCAAAUAUAAAUGUUUUUGACUGGCAGGGAAGAGAAUUUACUGAUGAACAAAAAUUAUUUUACCCUCAAAUACCCACAGAGGCUGGAAUAGCUAUUGCCUUCGACAACACCUCAAAUGUUCUGUUUAGUUCAUCUAGAAAGGAUGCUUUAAUUACUCAGAGAUUUGAUAAUAAUAAUUUUAAAUUUUUGGAAUCUGUAUUUAUUCAUCAAAUAACUUUAAUUCCAUCUAAAGCUUCUGUACUUCUUGCUUCAGCUUAUUCAGUAAUGGUGUAUCGGAUGACUUCAAGCUUUGACAAAUUAAUUUAUAAUUGUGCUGUAGGAGGUGAGGAAUGUGGUGAGGUUGUUGGAGUUGCUGUAGAUGACAGUUCAGAUGAACAACGAAUUUUAUUACUCGUUCAACUUUCAUCUGGGGCAGUUCAAUUGCUUCAAGCACCUGUUGAUUUGAACCAGCCUUUUCAGCUAGUGAAUUCUGUGCCUACUGUUGGCGGUUUCAUUGAUGGUCGUUUUUUAAUUUUAACUGAAGACGGGUACUUUGGAACACUUGAUUAUGACUUGACCAAUAUAAAUUUGAAUUUUGCUGUUCGUGAAAUAAAUCAUUUAAUGGUUGCUGACAGCGUUUCUCCUUUUGAACGAAGAUUUCUUCACUUUGAUGGACCUAUUCAUUUUGACGAAAAAACGGCACAAUUGCGUUGGACGGUAGUUAGAGGUGAUGGAGGGGAAGUUGGUUCAUCGGCAACAUCCUCAGAGGAUGAGUCAAAAUCACAUCAACUAAUACCUUUGCUUUACAAAUUAUCUCUCUUUCGUGAUGGAUUUUCUGGCAAAGAGCCUAAUUUAAUUGUUUGCCAAGAAAACAGUUUUUCCUUGCCGCCAAAGCUUUUACAAGCCUGGAACUCCCGUCAACGCUUUGAUGCUCAAGUUGAAGCUAUUAGUCCAUGGAUCCGUGUUUUGGCUAAUCAGACUGGGUUGAAUGCAGCUACUAAACCCCCAACUGCACCAGAAGGUGUGCGCAUCUAUGCUACACAACAGAGGACGGUUGACGGAAGUCGAGCAAUUAUAGACAUUUUUUGGCAUGAACCGAGUGAAUGGAAUGGGGAGAAAUUAGGAUAUCAAUUGAACUGCACAAUUACACAAGGAGCAACUAGUAGUAGCAGUACUUCUCCAUCUUCCUCUCAAGGAGCAACUCAAACAACAUCAGAUCCGAACAGUUCCCCUACCCAAUAUAUGAAUGCUACACUAAAAAGCAAUCAUCGCUCUUUCUCUUUUACUGUACGCUCUGGAAAAGUUGGUUGUCUAGUCUAUGCAAUUAAUGAUCAACAACUAAUUGGCCCUCCUUCUGCUUUAGCUGAUAUCGACGGGAGUGAGUUUAAACCCCUGAUCCGCCUUUUUGCUAUCGAUUCAACAGAAUCACUUGUAGCUAUUCAAAAUUGGACAAUAGAAGUAUCAAAAAGUGGUGCGAGCAUAAGGAAAUUGCGUCAGAUACCAGUUCCUACUAAAGAUCGAAGAAGACAAACUACACAACAGCAACAACAACCAUCUCAACAACAACAACAAAUGCUUCAUUCAUCUCAAUAUCAAUCACUUACGUUUGUUGGAAAUGAGCUUUAUGCAAUUAGAAAGGAAACAGAAAUGUUAUCAUCAUCUUCUCCUUCCUCCCAAUUAUUUUUGGUUAAAUUGGAUAUUAAUCAAGUUGAUCAGGUCGUUUAUAAGGUUGGAAUUUAG